GGUUGAUAGCUACAAUUCGCAAUUAUGUGCCCUCAUCGCCAUCCCAGCGGCAUCUCUCACACUUUACUUUCCACGCUGUAAUAAUAGCAGUUGCCCAGCCAUGAUAGAUCUAUUCUCUAAUUCGCCCUGCGCGCUGUGUCCUCGUCAUCCUAGGGGUUGCUGGGCCGGAGUAGCCAGCCCUCGAUAGCUCCAGCAGGAUGUCCUCAGCAUCCCUCGCCUCCCGCAUUAUUUACAGGUCCCUUUACUUCUUUCUCAACCUCAUCCUUGUCCUGCUCCUCCUCCUCAUUCCAGCAGACGUCAUUCGAAAAUCCAUCAUUCACUCGGAAUUCUACAAUAUCUUGGUCAUCACGCUUUGCUACCUCGUAACCAUCCUCAUUGUCGCUUUCAUCUACGCGACCCGACUUUACAUCAAUCGAUCUGUCCUUAGCUCCAUUCCGAAGACAUGGGUACCAGUCGAAAAGGGCGACGUCAAUAAGCAUGUACGAAAGAUCAUAGUCGCCGGCUUGAGUAGGAGCGCCGCUAUUGCCUACGCAGCCCGGCCACGCGUCCCUCUGGUCUUCUCCGAACAGAACUCGGAAUGUGGAGACGAAGGCGUCAAAUCCACCCAGCUUCAAGAUGAGGAGAAGUCCCAGCGCAUAUUCAAGCUCAAGAAAACAGCCACUGUAGAAGAUGAGAUGGGCAUCAGUCUUCCACCGCACAAACCUGUGUGGGGCGAGAUUGAACAUCCAGGAUGGGCAUCGCCGACCUCGCCGGACCUUCCCAAUCUCCAGUAUGAGUCUGUGGUAAUGGAAUUACCGAACCUUAUCGAAGCGAAAGCCCUUACGCUGGCUCCCUCGUAUCGCGAACUCCAGAACGACCAACCGACGUUGGACCUUGACGCCGCCUCGCUCUUACAGCGGCCCGAGAGCAUGGGGCUGCGCGACUACCUGACACAUCUCGCGGAGCUUCAUGUCCUGGAGACCACACAAAUUGUCCCAGAUUUUAUCACUAAAUACGAGUUUGCGCGUUUCUCAAACCAGCCCAUCUCGAAUACAUGCUUCCGCGACCUGAUGCACCUCUUCGCCGAGGUCCUUCGGAGCAUGCACCCGCUCGAUCCAGCCGUUCUCGAUACGCUGGACGAGGACUCCUCAUAUAUUGAAGCGCCAUCAGACAGCGACUUCGACAACGACGUACCGCCUGGGGCGAACCCUUCUACGCCACGAACCCGGCCUCGUCAAGGUGGUCGACGGAGCCCUGACAGCAAUAUCUCCCAGUCCACCAGCUCCACCACAGCCAUCUCACGCUCGCACCGCCCGUCUCUACCGGCACGCAACUCGUCCGCAAACACCGGGCUCCAAUACCGCACCGCACCCACGACGCCAAAGAGCAGGCAGACGGCACUGUCGCGGUCGUCGAGCGCGAACACCUUUGCGCAGACGAGACAUCCGUAUCCGAUCAGCCAGUCUUCGAGUUCGAGCCUGCGAUCAGAUGCUUCUGUCAUCCGACUGUCGGAGCGAGAAGAUUCGACGGAUCUGCCGUAUGUGCUGGCUCUCACGAAUACGCGGUGAGAGGGUCAUGUCGGGCGUGGAACGUGCGGGUGAUUUGGUCCCCUAUGAUGACCGUGAUGAGGUUACGAAUGCACGAUAGAGGAGUGAGGGCCAAGGUUGGAUGUCAACUAUAUAAGUGUCCAUAUUGUUUAACUGUAAUUCUACGAAAUAAUGUAAUCCUCCAACCUCCCCCAUUUGCAGGCUCGCCGUACUUGUUGCAGAGACCUUGAUUCACGAGGACAGGCUGCUUCGAUAGGGAUCAAGUCUGCCUUGGUUUGAACUCUCCAGAGUCCACAUUGCAGAGUAAGUCCGCCUAGCUAAGAAUAUCGGUCACAGAGAUAUGCAAAUCUCCCAGCGAGUGUACUGUCUGACAGGACGACGCCUUAGACGCCGCGAAGCUCCAGUC